AUGCGAAUUGCUUGCCUGCCUGGAACUCCAAGAUUGGGCAACGGAAAAAAGCCUAGACGAUUAUCUAAAUUCACCGGUACCUCCGACGGAUUUAAGUUGUUUGUUUCGACUACUGAAAAGGAAGAAUUCACCAAUGACGGAUCAUCGCAGACAUCGCUUCACAUCAUGCAGCAUGCAAAUCUUGAAGAAGCACCACUAUUGCGACCAAAAACACCAAUAUCGAGUCAGGUCCUCGUCACACGCAUUGCUACAGUGUGCAUGUGGGUUAUGGCGUUUCAAUUGCUCCGGGAUUUACUAGUCUCAAACCAAACGCAUACUUCUUCUACAGGAGAAUCUAGGAGAUUGAUCAGUUCGGGACUUGGAGAAGAGGGCCAUACAAUGGCCGAAGAGAUAUCAAGCUCGGUGCCUAGACACUCUCAAAAUGCAACCCAUGCAGAAGAAGUGUCGCUGCGCAAAGGAUGGGCAAUCAUUGUACCUAAAGGCAACGGUUUGAUCACAGUUGAAAAGCUAAAUGCUCCAGUCUUGCCACCGGCAACCAAUCGCCCAGCCGACUCUAAUAUGCACCACUUCUGCCUUACUACAUAUAUUCUGAAACCUAGCACCGAACCAAAGUUGGGAUAUUUUAACUAUUGCGUUGGAUAUCUACGGGAAGGCAUCUUAUAUUAUGGUGACACAGCGUUAGGAGGGCAGAGCAUGUUCAGCUCGGAAAAAAGAAAGAUCGGUAGUUCUAUCAAUCGUAUAUAUAUGAAUUUCGAAUUGCUGUUGCGAAAUCACUAA